AUGGAAAACAAGACCGAAGAUGAGAUAAGGAAGCGCUGGGAGAUUGAAGCGGCGGAGCGAAAAAGGGAAGAAGAGGAAGCACAGCAACAGCGGCCCAAGAAACGUGUACGCGCUAUUGAGUAUAACCAUGACGAUGGUGUGCCAACGACGAGGAAGAAGACAACAACUGGGGGCAGGCCUGCUGUGGCUGCUACUAGGGCGAGGGCGAAGGGCAGGAUUAUCGAGAUUGGGGGUGAGGAUGGGGUCGUUGAGUUGGAUUGA